AUGAUGUCAAUUGAUACGAAUUAUACAGUUGUUAAUCUUGAUGAUAAGAACAAAACGAUUAUCAAACACAAGAAUCCUUUAAUUGAUACUCUUGAAGAUGAAAUCGCACAAUAUAUGUUACCAUGGGAAGUUCGUCUUGGUUUUUUUCUUCUUGAUACAAGUCAUACUUAUGCAAACCGCUUAAAAUCUUUACUUUCUAUUGAAAAAUCACGAAAAACUCGAGAGUGUAAGUCCUUUUCGUAUCAAAAUCAAACUUUUUUCUCAAAUAUUUUUUUACCACUUUGUAGAGAAUAAAAAGUUUCAUAACAUAUAUAAAAUUCAGUCUGGUAUCUCUUGCUUCUGAAACACAGUAGGUGAUACACUGUUUUAUUUGGACUGAUCGAAAUGACUACCUUUGACUUAUAUUAGCCUUAUAAAACUAGAAUUGUUAGAGAUUAUAUUAUAUCAAAGUAGCUUAUUUUGUUCAGCUUUUAGUUCUCUAUCUUCCUAUGUGUACCAUAAAAAUUUUUAAUAAUCUGUUGAAAUAGGAGCUGGUAUAUCUUUUAUAAGAUAUUUUUCUGUUUUUUUUUCCCCAAAAAAGGUGUGAUAGUACUAAAAGUCGGUAUUGACUAACUUUUCAUAGGAAGGAUAUUAGAACUUAAAAUUUUAGGGUUGAUAGUUUUUGGACAUUGAAGGUUUGAAUGUGCAAAAAAUAUCGAAAAAUAAAAUUUAAUCGAGUGCCUUGUAUACUCGAUGCCCUCGUCGACGCUCUCUUAAGAUUGUCACAUCACUAACGAACAUAUUAUACAUUUCGUGUUAGUUUUUGUGAAAUAUAAAUGGAUAGAAAAUAAUCAAAGAAUAAAAACAGUUAUAAAAUACACGUUGCUUUAUUCUAUCUAAUUGUGUGUUGUGCUAUAACAGCAUGUGCAAAGAAAAAACUUCAUAUGAUUUUUGAAUCUUGAGAAUACAUACUUGAUAUAAUCCAAGUACGACACUAAUUCCUAGUCGACUGAAUCUUAUUAAUCAUUUUAUUGAAUAAUUAAGUGCUAGAUAGUAGUGAGAUUGUAUAGUAUAUAUGAACAGUUUACUUUAAUUCAUAGGCUGAACGUUUAUUGACAGUAUACUAUUGGCAUGCGAGUUAGAGAAUAAAUGUGAUUUUAUCAUUCAAUACUGACGAUCUUUAAGUGACGAAAAUAUUUCAUUAUCAAAUUACUAGUAUUUCAGAAUAAUUUUUUUUUAAAAAAUUGUUGAUUUUACUAGAGAUUAUUUUCACUGCAAUCUAUAUCAGUUUUUUAUCCGAGAUUUCUCGGUAUGUUAGAUCUUAGAUUCUGAGCGUGGGAUCUAGAUGAAACUUAUGAAGUGUCAUAUUAAAUCUAAAUGACGAAGCUUUAUGAGAAAAAAGUUUUUGAUUGGAGUAAGCGAAAAAAAAAAAUAAUAUUCUUUUGCUUGCGGUUCCGAGAAAUUUGUUUAACACCUUUUAGAGUUU